UGUAUGGCAAUGUUAUACCGAAAUUGCUAACCAAUAACCUUUAGUGCUGCCGAUGUAGAAGCUAUGGAAACGACAGAAAAAACUGUUGAUGUUGUCGAUACGAAACCUUCUGCCGAAGAGGCAACAGCAGUUGAUGUGGCUCCAGAGCCCGAAGCUACGUCUGCUAUCGAGGUGGCCACACCUGAAGACAAAACAGAUAUCGUUGAUGUUGUCGAUGCCUCCCCUUCUGUUGAAGUCGUUCCAGAGCCCGAAGUAUCAACUGAGGGACAGGCUCGGGAGGAGCAAGCCGUCGAGCCCCCCAAGGACAAGAGUGUGCCAAGUAUACCAAAGGAUGACAAUUUUCUUGAGGCCGAAGAAGCUAAGGACAAGGUCGGCCCAAUGGGCACAGGCGGGAAGGCCCGUAAAGGUAAGCAACAAUUCAAACUUGGUGCCCUCAAAGUUGCCUCCCCCGAUGUCAUGGCGCUUGAGUUUGGAGGAAGCAGACCUGAGCGUAUUUUAGAGGAAGAAGCCCCCCGGAAUGAUAUAGCGGGACGGAAUAUGGACCGGGAUGAAACUUGGGAGGACGAAAUGAUUGCUACAGAUUCCAUCCAGCCUGAUGCUGUGGUUGACCAGGAGCCGGAGCCAUUUGAUGAAGAAUCUUCAACCGUACCUCUGGAUAUCGUGCAGCAGCCGGCUAGUUUGAAUCCCUCUGUCAACACUGAUCCCAGUGGCAACCCCAUCCAGGAAAUCUCGGGCAUGGCAGGUUCUAUGUUGAAGCCUUUAAUUUUUACUCAGCCAGAUUCGAAGCCUGACUCAAACAAUUCUGUUUUAGCACUCGAAGACUAUCAUGCCAGUGAGGUCGGCUCUGAUACUACACCAAUAGCCGCAAUCUCACAUUCAAAAUACUCCUUUGACAACGGCGAGAAAAUGGACACUUCAAAUACUACCAAAACGGUCUCCAGCGUCGAUAAAUCGGAGAUUGGCCGGGAUCAUUCACAAGCAGAUGACACUGUUGUCGCCACACAUAGCUCUGAAAUAUGUGAGCCUAAAGACCAGCCCGAAUCUGUUGGCCAACACAGUUCGAGUAGAGGCGAACAAAAACAGCGAAUCUUGAUGCCUGACGAGGGCUCGACGCUUGGGCAGCAUGCCAACAAAAAAGAAGACACCAUGGCUGCUUCUGUAGAUCUCCCGAUGAUUGCGAAACCAUUUGAGGGGCAAAUAUCAGAGUCUUCGCAAGUUCUCAAACUUCUCAGCUCAGAAACAACAUAUCCGAGCUCACAUGGUGAUGACAAGGUCGUCGACGACUCACCUGUCAAGGACGAGAAGCCUCAUGAACCAAUCGAUGACUUCGCAGAGGGCCAGAAACGUUCUUUACGGUAUCACACCAACAAUGGACCACAGCAAAGCGCAUUAGGUCAUAGUGUCAGUAUUGACAAUUCACCCUUACAAAAGGAUGCCCUGACAACCGAUGGUGGUGAUGAAACAUCGCAUGACUACAUGGCGGUCGACCAACUAGUGCAAGAACAAAAGAUCUCUGGAGAUUCAACGCCAGUUGAGCAACACGAAUCAGCUUUGGGCGAGCAACCAACGGUUAAUCAAUCUGACUCAGCUCAGGCUCCGGAUUCGCCCACAGUCGAACCGGAAAUUUUACCUCUGGAGCUACUGCACAGAAAGCAGGACAAAUCAACAGCCAUUGAAGAUCCUGCGACGCCCUAUACUCAAGAUGAGGUAGCGGGUACAAUGCUCAUGCAAGAGUCCGCUGCAGGUGCGGACCAUGUUCCAGUACCUGUCGAAGGUUUUGGUCAAUCAUUGGAUGCAGAGCAUAUCCCCGCUCAACAGAGUCUUGCCACAGAUGAUCACAAUCAACGGUCUCACGAAGAGCAGUUUGAGACCGGUGACGAGCCAAACAUAGAAUUGACACUGCUAUCAACUGGAAGCGAAGAGCACAUCAGUCUCAUAGAAAAGCCCGGCCCUGCAAACUCGGACGAUGACUUUGUUGUAGUCGAAAAGUCCGGUGAUCUAUCUCAAGACGUGAGCAAUCUGUUUGGCGAUAAGGAUGUUCCCUCGGAUAUUGUUCUACCCGCGCACAGCACACAAAAUUCAAGUUUACACGACCCCACAAGUAACUAUGGGACAUCAGUGGCUAAGUUGCAGCAACCAGUUCCGACCAUGGAUCUUGCCAGCGCCGAAGUUGGUCAUCGAGCAACUGUUAAGGGGGGUUCAGCCAACCGUGAGGCUGACGCGGAGUUGGGCGCCUAUUUAAGUGAGCGCCGAAGCUUCCAUCAGAUCGCUGUGUUGAACCCCGAGGCAGAAUCAAGGGAAGUCUCCCCCGAGAGUCUGAUCGUUGGUGCCAAACCCAGUGGAACCGACGACAAGAACUUCAGUACCGCCACAGAAAGGCGCGGUUCAGCUUCACAACAACAGCUGCUCGAAAUUUCGAAUGAAGAAUUCGAACCUAGUAAUUUGAAGGGAGAGGACUUUGACAGCCAUAGCGGUCUUGUUAUUGGCGUAGCUGCUGGUGCUGCUACCAUAGCCACGGGUGCUGGAGUAUUGACUCACAAGUUGUCUUCUCUUCGAACAGCGGAUCCCAAGAACGGUCACCUGGAGACAAAGAACGAAGUGAUGCGAAACAACCCCAGCAACGUGCACGAAACCUACCGGGCCAAAGUCGAUGUCACUGCAACUCCGGACGUUGCCCCUGAUGUACCACCCAAGUCACCAGAACGUGCCUUGAGUCCGGAACCCUUGAUUCGAGAAGGAAGCCUGGAAGUGGGAGAGAGUGCAACUACAGGAGAGUCAGUGUUUCCGGAACCAUCUUUUGGGUCAGCGGACACGAUUGAGGCAAGCAUUAUGAACCGCACGCGGAAGGACUACCAGAGGUUCAGGUACCAGACCAACUUUGGUCCAUUCUGGCACUCAAACAGAAGACGACUUCGAGUCUAGUCUACCUGCGAGUCCGACAACAUUUGCAUUUCCGGGAUUUCCAGAAACGCGCUCGUUCACCCCAGGAAUCGUGUUACCAGACCUUAAGGAUCCAACCGCCAUAGCUCUAGGUCGCGCAAAAAGCUUGAGGAGGUCACGGCGG